CGUCACUGGUGCGCGCCCGGCCGCCAGCAACCCCGGCGUGCGCGGAGGAAGGUCUGAUCUCCUGUUGCUCCUUGGCCCUAGGCCCGCCGUGUCCCCGGCCUGCGACAUGUCGAUGUUGGCUGAGCGCCGGAGGAAGCAGAAAUGGGCCGUGGACCCCCAGAACACAGCCUGGAGCAACGAUGAGUCCAAGUUUGGCCAGAGGAUGCUGGAGAAGAUGGGAUGGUCAAAAGGAAAGGGCCUGGGUGCACAGGAGCAGGGGGCCACGGAGCACAUCAAGGUGCGGGUGAAGAAUAAUCAGCUGGGCCUGGGGGCUGCCAUCAGUAAUGAGGACAACUGGCUUGCUCACCAGGAUGAUUUUGACCAGCUUCUGGCGGCUCUGAACACGAGGCAUGGGCAGGAAGCGACAGAUGCCUCGGGCCCCAAAGAGAAGAAAUCGUUCGGCCUUGAGCAGAAGUCCAAGGUGUCCAGAAGCCGGGUCCAUUACAUGAAGUUCACCAAAGGGAAGGACCUGUCAUCUCGGAGCAGGAUGGACCUUGACUGCAUUUUUGGAAAGAGGCGCAGCAAGAGGCCCCCUGAGGAGGACCCUGAUGCUGUCCCUCCAGAUGCCUCUGAAACCUCCACGACCACCACCAGUGCCAUCAGCAUCCAAGAGUACUUUGCCCAGCGCAUGGCUGAGCGGAAGGGCAAGGCUCUGCGGCCGGGGGCAGGGCCAGAGUCUCCAGACACCCCCAUGGCAGGGAAAGUGGCCAAAAAGAGGAAGAAGGCGGCCCAGGACCAAAGUGUGGAUGCCCCUGCCCAAGACGGGCCUGAGAAGCAAAAGGACAGCGACCAGGAUGGACAGAGCAUCGUCCCUUUGGAAGCCAGAGACGGGGACACAUACAGCCCCAUGUGGCCCAGGGAAAAGCCUGGGAAGAAGAAGCGUUUGAGGCAGGUCGAGGAUGGGUUAGCGUCAGAUGGAGACUUAGUAAAGAAGAAGAAGAAGACGAUGAAGAAGAAGAAGAAAUGUUCUGAGUGAAUUGCCCAACCCUGUGUCUGCGUGUCCUGCCAGGGCUCCUCACGGGCCAUGCGCGGGAACACGAGCAACACUGGUCACUGGCAGGACUGGAGAGGCG